AUGCCGAUCCCCUCAAGAUGGACAACACAAAUUCCAAAAAUCUCGCUGCCGAGUUGGGUCUUCGGCUCUCCGUUUGCCCCACUGCUGGACUAUACAGUAUAUGUUGACGCAGAUCAACCCGUUACUCACCGGCUUUCCUUUGAGGACUACCGUCUCUGGUCUAAGAAAGUUGGACUGGGGCUGGUAAACGCUGGUCUGUGUCCGGGCGACAGGGUUAUGUUCUUCAGCGGUAAUCACCUCCUGUUUCCUUGUAUCUUCAUGGGAGUGAUUAUGGCUGGGGGUGUCUUUACGGGUGCAAGCCCUGCAUCUACCUCAAGAGAGCUUGCAUCCCAGCUAGCAGAUAGCGGCCCAACCUUUCUCAUUGUAGCGUCAUACGUUUUUCCCGUUGCACUGGAUGCUGCGGAUCAAGUCGGCUUUCCAAGAAGCCACAUAUACGUGUUUGACGAGUCAAUCACUGGUGAUCCCUCGGAUCUUGGCGGCGCUGAACAACACUGGACCCAACUGGUAGCAGCAGACGAUGAGGCUCAAGCAUUUCAAUGGGUGGAACCAUUGGAUCCAGCUUCAGCGCCGUGCUGCUUGAACUACAGCUCCGGCACAGAAGGCCCACCAAAAGGAGUGCAGUCUACGCACUCCAACUACGUCGCGACUGGCGAGGCUGCCAUGUUUCAGCACAACUUGAGCAGAAAGGCGCGACCUCAAGAUCAACCUGGAAACGCUCUCUGCUUCCUACCAUUGUACCACGCCGCUGCCCAAACCGUCUAUGCCGUUGACUACCCAAAGAUAGGAGCUACAACAUACAUGAUGCGGACCUUCAACUUUCAGCAGAUGCUCCAGUGCAUUGAGCGCUUCGGUAUCACUGAACUCCUCGUCGCUCCGCCGAUCAUUCAGGCACUGAUCAGCGCUCCGCUGGCUAGCCAGUACGACUUAAGCAGCGUCAAAGCUAUCUACUGCGGCACUGCACCCCUCUCACUCGAUGUAUGUCGAAAGGCUACGCAACUGUGGCCGGAAGGUCAGGUCAAUAUCCAGCAGGCUUGGGGCAUGACUGAACUUACUGGAGUCGGAGCCAGUGGCAGUUCUCUUGAUCCGUCAAGCCCGGCCUCGGUCGGGGAGGUGGCUCCAAAUGCCAUAAUCAAGUUGAUGGGUGCAGACGGAGAGAUCACUCAGCCCAACGUGCAUGGCGAGAUAUGGUUUACCGGUCCGAUGUUGAUGAAAGGGUAUUGGCACAACGAGGAAGCGACACAAGCAACGAUUGUGGAGGAGGAUGGCACUAGAUGGCUGAAGACGGGGGAUAUCGCCUACGUGGACUCGUAUCGCCCUGGAGCAAAGAUCUUCAUUGUUGACCGGGUCAAAGAGCUCAUCAAGGUCAAGGGGUUUCAGGUUGCUCCAGCUGAGCUAGAGGCAGCACUCCUCGAGUGCCCAGGCGUGAUAGAUGCCGGGGUGAUUGGUGUACGUAUCGAGGAUGCCGAAGCACCUCGCGCAUAUAUUGUCAAAGCUGCCACCUCGAAUGCGACUGAGCAGGACCUGGCUGAGUGGGUAGAGAAAAGGUUUACUAAGCACAAAUGGCUAAGAGGCGGAGUGGUAUUUCUGGAUAAGAUCCCCAGAAGUCCGGCUGGAAAGAUUCUUCGUCGCACACUGCGUGAGAGAGCCAGAGAAGAAGUUGGCACAGAAAUCUAG